AGCAGUAUCCACCCUUCACCAUUUUACACUCCUCCUCCUUCUCUCUCUCUCUCUCUCUCUCUCUCUCUUUCUCUCUCUCUGCGAUUUCACUAUCACACACACACACACACAAACUUUCUUCGCUUUUCAAACCCCUGUUACCAGUCAGCUUUCAUAUAUAUAUAUAUAUAUAUAUAUAGAAAUAUAUAUAUAUAUUAAAAAAAAGAAAAAAAAAAGAAAAGAGAGAGUAAGUGAAUUGGUUCAUAUAUGGCUGAUUCGGACAACGACUCAGGAGGGCAUACAAACGCUGCAUCACCAAGAGAGCAAGAUAGGUUCUUGCCGAUAGCCAACGUCAGUAGGAUCAUGAAGAAGGCUCUUCCAGCCAACGCCAAGAUCUCCAAAGACGCUAAGGAAACCGUCCAGGAGUGUGUCUCCGAGUUCAUCAGCUUCAUCACCGGUGAAGCCUCUGAUAAGUGCCAAAGAGAGAAGAGGAAGACCAUCAACGGUGACGAUCUGCUGUGGGCCAUGACCACUCUGGGUUUCGAAGAGUACGUGGAGCCCUUGAAGAUUUACUUGCAGAAGUUUAGAGAGAUGGAAGGGGAGAAGACUGCUUUGGCUGGAAGCAGUGGCGGUAGACAAGGAGAGAGAGAAGGAGGAGGAGGAGAUGUUAGUGGCAGUGUUGUGAAUAUUACCAACUCUGGGGUUGGUUUUGGUGGUGGGACUGGUGGGGAUGGUAUGUAUGGUGGUGGGGUGCAAUCUACUACCAUGAUGAUGAUGGGUCAACAUCACCAUCACCACCACCAUCAUCAUCAAGCUCAAUCUCAUGGUCAUCAUAUGUAUGGAUCUGGUAGUGGAACUUCUACUGGGAGACCAAGGUAGGGUUUUUUCUUUUUCUCCCUUUUUUGGACUUUUAAACUAUUUUAGAUAGUGAUCUAUAUUCACAUCAUAUUAAUUAAGAGCUUGUUGAUUUUUCCUCUCUUUUAUUUCUCAUAGAUAUAUAUUAUGGAUUAGACUAUAGCAUGGCAUAUUGUUUUUGUAUAAGGAUAUUUCUUCCCUAAAUUUUUCUUUUUCUUUUAUUAUUAAUAUUAUUAUUAACUUUUUGUCCUUUCA